CACCGUCAAUCAGCACAAUUAUAUUAGGAAACCUCAUCAAAUAUCCAACUUCCAGUAUUUCCCACCAAUAGAAACAGCCUAUUGCGCAGAAAAAGGAAAAUGCGGAGCAAGUAGACCGAGAGCAACCGAGUCGCUGGAGCAGAUAAGUGGCAGUUUGCUCCUGUUUCUUACGAAUUCUCGCCCACUUCAAUGGAAGCCGCUCUCCUCAAACCUCAACCCCAUUUCUACACUCAAUCUCGAACUUCUUGGCGUAAUUCUCAAUUGCACAAUUCAGGAUUUUCAAGAACUCAUAUUUCCCUUAAGACUGCAUCUUCUGAAUUAAGUAGAAGGCGGUUUUGUUUAUCAAGAAAGCAUGAAUUCCUGAACGAAAACGGGGGGUGUUUGUCAUUCAAUUGUUUUCGAAGGGACGUGGUGACAGUUCGGGCUGCAUCGACAGAAUCCAUAAAUUAUGAGCAGUUUAUAGAUACAUCGGGAAGUGGGGAAAGGGUUGAGAAUGUGAAUAGUUUUGAAACUUCUGCAAUUUUGGAGAGGAAGCCUGAGGCGUUCAGGAAUAGGUUUUUGAACUUUGUACAGCUUGGUUCAAUCAUUAACAAUGCUGCGGAAUCCUUUUUCAAGAGUGAGAUAAGGAGGAGGCUAUUCGUGACCGCAGUUUUGAUAGUAGUGAGUCGGCUCGGCUACUUUAUUCCCUUACCGGGAUUUGAUAGGAGGUUGAUGCCAGAAAAUUACCUCAGCUUUGUUUCUGGUUCUGUUGAUGAGCUUGGUGAUUUAACGCCAGAACUUAAGCUUUCUCUUUUUCAGCUUGGGAUCAGUCCCCAAAUAGCAGCAUCAAUCCUAAUGCAGGUGCUUUGUCAUGUUGUCCCUUCCUUAGUGAAGCUGCGGAAAGAAGGCUUAGAUGGUCAUGAGAAGAUCAAGAGUUAUAUAUGGUGGAUCUCUCUUGGCUUUGCAGUGAUUGAGGCUCUAGUUCUUUCUUUUUAUUCUCUUCCCUAUUCUAUUUAUGCAGCCAGUCACAGGGCAAAACAUGUGAUGCUGACAACUUUGUAUCUGGUCUGUGGUGCAAUGACAAUGACUUGGAUUUGUGACAAGAUAUCAGAGUCCGGGUUUGGUCAAGGAUCAUCGUUAAUUAUCUGUGUCAGCAUUUUGACUGGCUACACAGAUACAUUGUACAAGAUGUUAACUCAGCUCUCAGGAAGUUCUGUGAGCUGGUGGCCUUAUGUACUUGCAGUAUUAGGUGUUUUCACCAUAGUGACUAUGUGGGCUGUUGUUGUAACUGAGGGUUGCAGGAAGAUCAAGUUGCAAUAUUAUGGUUUCAAACUUGCUUCUGCUACCAGAGAAGAUUCUCCUCUUACGGAGGUGGAGCCUUAUAUUCCAUUCAACAUAAAUCCUUCUGGAAUGCAACCUGUUCUCACCACAUCAUAUCUCUUGGCAUUUCCAGGCAUUGUUGCAGGUCUUCUAGGUUCACGCUUCUGGGAAAAUGUGAGGGAUAUCCUGAAUCCUGACACAUCUCUUGGUGCAGAGCCAUGGGUUUACUAUUCAAUUUAUGCAUUUUUCGUUUUCCUGUUUAACAUCUUUGACAUCGCCAAUAUGCCAAAGGAAAUUGCUGAUUACUUAAAUAAGAUGGGUGCCCGAAUUCCAAACAUUAAGCCUGGAAAAGCCACGAUUGAGUAUUUGACAAAGAUCCAAGCUUCAACACGUUUUUGGGGCGGCGUAUUGCUAAGCUUUUUGGCUACUACGUCGACCAUUCUAGAUCAUUACUUGCGGCGUAUCAAUGAGGGUUUCUCCAUAGGGUUUACAUCAAUUCUAAUCAUUGUGGGUUCAAUAAUAGAAUUGCGAAGAUCCUACCAAGCGUAUAACGUAAUGCCAAGUCUUAGUAAAGCACUGCGACGUUAUGGACUAUGAUUAUCUAAAACAGACUCGAGUAGUCCCAUAGGCUGCGGGAAUCAAUGCUUAAUUGCUGGUCAGUUGUCUCUUGUUGAAGAUGUUGAAUCAUCAGAAUUCACACUCACCAGUCUCAUAUUGAGGGAAGCAGCGGUCUAUGAAUUUAGAGAUGUGGUGGCUAAGCCAAUGUCUAUUGGAUCUGCUUCGUCAUGUUCUACAGAAUUCUUCCCAGCAGUGAUGUACUACUCGCAGACACUGUAGCAUUAUAGUUGAGAAUCUACAGCAAUAUAAUGUGGGACUAGUGGAAAUUAUAACAUAGAGUUACAACUUCUGAGGAAGAAGCAAUGUAUAUUGAUGUGGUAGACUAUCCCAUAUAAGUAGUAGUAAAUUCCUGGAUUUAAAACAUAGGAUGGUAAAUUUCUAUGGUUAAAAAACAACCUUGUCUGAA